GGGCGUAACUACAGAGGUCUGUUGAUGUGGACGUAGGUGUAACUUGCUACCGCGUGCCGCGCGACUUCCAGCGGCCUCGGGAGUAUAGAGGCCCAUCACAUGCCCAGCUGCCAAGGAUACGCUCUCCGAUUGCGUCUACGCACGCGUGAUGUGCUUAGAUAUGUAUACAAACACAAGUAACGCAGCUAGCAAACGCUAUAUAUUUGCUUUCGUGAUAAUGCUGGACAGCCGACUUGCAGUCUGGCCGGAUAUCUCGCGGAACAUGCAGUGCGACGUGAUGUCAUGUUAGCAUCUUUGCCGAGACAACGUUAGCGGAUACACGUAGUGCCUCAGCGUGCCGCUUACUAGUAGUUUGCAGCUUCUACGCAUGUCAGUCUGUCAUCGCGUCUGAGUCCUCGAAUCUUGCACGCGCCGACCGCGUUAUCAAUCAAAUUGGGCGGAACCUUUCGUACACGUCCGAAUAUAUAAGCGACGCGUGUGUCGGACGGUUAGGAUAUACCAGCGUCGCAACAUGCGCGAUAAUUGCUAGGUGUGAGCGUCUGUGUAUAUACACGUGCACGUGCUUCAUGUGCGGCAGACGAUAGCCGACCGAACGUCAUGACAGUCACGUCUGUUGCCUAAGACCGUCGCUAGCAGCUCGAUCACGACAACGAUAUUACUGACACAUCUAUGCAACGAUAUAACUGAUAUCACGCGGAGCAACGUCGACGAGAAAGAGAAGAAGACAUCGCUGACAGAAGCCGGUACUAGCGCGCGUGUAUGCGGAUUGGAUGUGCACAUCCCUUGUCGGUUAGCUAGUCGCCAUCUCGAACAUGCACCGCGUGGACACGAGGAAAGAGUGUUGCUCACUCUCUACGUCGCACAGAUGCCGACUGAUGGUGCAGCUGUUCGUAAUGGCCUUGAGUCUGGCAGACUUGUCGCAUGCCGAAAUCUUCAGGCUCGGCUACAUCACGGGGAACUACGCGUCACCCGAACACCCGAUGUACACGAAGCCCGGUCAGUCCAUUAGUGGUGCUCUCUCGCUAGCCGUCAGCGAAAUCAACUCAGAUCGUGACAUUCUGCCAAACGACAUCUUAGAGUUUGUCGUAGGCGAGACGCACGGGGAUAGUUUGCUCAGUUUGAAACAAACUGCUAGGCUAUGGACUGACGAUGUCUCAGCGUACAUCGGCCCGCAGGAGACGUGCUUUAGUGAAGCGAAUCUAGCAGCAGCCUUCAAUAUUCCUAUGAUAUCCCAUUUUUGCUUGGAGCCGGAAGUAUCUGACAAGGGCCGGUUUCCAACAUUCGCAAGAACGCGACCGCAAGCCUCUGAUGCCGUUACGUCAGUAUUAAAGCAGUUCAACUGGAACAGUGUGUACAUUCUGCAUAGUGCGAACGAAUAUUUCACCCUCGUCGCCAGAUCAGUGCAGAAGCAUCUGCACGCGAACCACAUAACGGUGAACGGAAUCAAAACCUGGGAAGCGAAAUACUUCCACGGUUUUACGGCAAAUCCUUUCAUACCACUGAUCGAUGAAUCAUACGCUGAAACUAGAAUUUACCUAGUUAUCGGGGAUACGCAUGAAUAUAUCGGAUUGCUGACGUACAUGGAAGAAAGGGGUCUCUUCGACAACGGUGACUACUUUGUAGUUGGACUUCACGUGGACGAGAUUUACAAGCAUAAAGAAGCGGAAAACUACAUUAAAGGUGUGUUGGAACCUUUCGUGCAGGAAGCGACUGUAAGAGCGUACAGGUCCUACAUUGGUAUCAUAGGGGCACCGCCGGUUAACCCUGCUUAUAACAAGUUCACUGCUGCUGUAAACCAAUACCUGGAAGCACCGCCGUUCAAUUUCGUUAAUCCUCUAAAAUUAUUUGGAUUAAAAAGGCAGAAGAUAAUACGACCUGAAGCGGCAUAUCUCUACGACGCCGUCUACCUGUACGCCAGAGCUGUGCAUGCAGCUAAAAUGAGGGGAGAAGAUCCGAGAGAUGGGAGAAAUCUCUUAAAACACAUAGCCGGAACGUCAUAUCAAAGUGUGACGGGCUACCUGGUUCACAUGGAUGAGCAUGCCGAUGCUCAAGGUAACUUUACGCUGAUGGCUCUGAAAAUGAUAGACGCUGAGCCAACGCGGUACGGACUCGUGCCGGUUGGAAGCUAUGCGCAGGCAGCGGUCAGCGAGAGUGACACGACGCAACGACAAGAACACAGAUUGGACCUCUUCACAUCGAUCGAUUGGGUGCAAGGCAUACCUCCGACUUCAGAACCUCUCGGCGGUUUCCCUCACACAGACUGCUUUAAUGAGAAUCUCAUUGACGACUCGAAGCGCCAUCUGUGAGGCAAAACAACGUCCCAGAACAUCUGCCUACUUACUUCAAUGUCUAAAGGCUCGGAUAUUUCGCGUUAACUAAACGAUGUCGUAUAUGGAUUUGAAAUUGAUAACUGUUGGGAUAAAACGUGCAGGAGCAGGACUUAUAUAUAUGCGUAUAUGUUGCGGCUCUAUGCUUGAAGUAAAUACUAUUACCUCCGAUGUUAUAUGCUGAGCCCUGUUCAAAUUUCGCUGUUUAUAUAUUUUUUCGCGAUUUUAUCGCUUGUUGAAUAGAUUUGCUAUGUGUGAACGAAACAAGGUCAACCUGAUCGUCACUUUAAACGAUUUGUCUUUGCUUCGCUAUGUAGUGCGCGUCCGAUAUCUGAUACAAUCGUACAUAACUCCCAAACCGUGUUUAUGUUGUAAAUACAGAUAUAUUUAUUUAUUUAUUUAUUAAAUUUUUAGCAUUCCGUGAACAUGUUUUCUUUUAUGCUAAUAUAGACUAGACUUGUUAGAAAUUAGGGAUAACGUACAUUGUAUAAGUUGAAGAGUAAGCAUGAAUGUGGCGUCCGCGUGUUAGAUGCUGGCGAGAUAGAUGUUUAAGUGGAAGUAAUCAUGCUAGCUUCAGCAUUCGUGUAUCGGGGUGUCACAUCACAAAAGCAUGGCAGCAACGUACCAGCUAGUAGAAAAGGUGACUGACUCGAUAAAGGUUUCCGCGUGACUUAGAAUAACAAUGUUUGUUGACUCUUAUUCAUUAUAAUUAAUCGUUAGUUUUUCUCAUUUCGUAACGAGCUCUGCUCAAAUUUGUUGACGCUAAAUAUCGCCGCUCGGAGCGCUAUAGGUAGUCAUAGUAAAUCGAGGUUCGCGAGCCGACGCAAAAACAGAAUGGAAGUUCAUCCUCAUGGCGGAAAGAGAUAACGGUAGAAGAGCAGGUAUAUGGAUGCGUGGCUUAAAUGUGUUACAAACUAUAUUACGAAUUCCGCCAAAGCAGUGCUGAAUGUUUGCGAAGGUUGCAUAUUAAAGUACACAUGCCAACAUAAGCAACUGUUUCGCUUGGUAUCGUAAUAAGGCACAUCGCUGAAUUACUUCAUAGACGAUCUUAUCCACCAACAAAGGAACUGGACGGAACUCGUAUUAAAUUUGCAUGAUAGCAUAGUGCUAUAUUACAGAAUUGUGUCUUGCUAAUAAAGCUUUAACUGAACGAAAA